CAUCCCGCCCACGGAAGCAGCAUGGACAGUUUGUGGACACAUUUCUGUUGAGACUCCUCCGUCCAUGACCUGAUGGACGUCAGUCCCGCCUCAGUCCAGAGCGGGGACAGAGGCCCGGGCAGGCCCUCUCAUCCCGGGACUUUCUUACCCGGAGAGUCCGGGAACAGCGACGACCUUAGCGCGGGAUGCGUCGUGGACUUUCCGGUGUCGGUGAUCCUUCCCGCCGGCGGCACCGGAGAACGAACCGGACUGCAAACCCCUAAACAGUUCUGUUCGUUUCAGGGUAGACCGCUCAUAAGUUACACGGUCCAGGCUUUUGAGAGAGUGCCAUGGGUCCAAGUCAUCGUUGUGGUCGUUGCCAAAGAAAACCUGGACCUGAUGAUGGACAUCGUCCAGCGGUUCCGGCACGGGAAGGUUCGGGUCGUGCCAGGCGGCUCAACUCGCCACCGGUCAAUAUGUAACGGAGUCAUGGCUCUGAGCGAGGAGGAGAGGCCAGCAGCUGACCGACCCAAGGUGGUCAUCAUACACGACGCCGUACGGCCUUUUGUGGAGGAGGACUUUCUGCAGGAGAUCGCAGUGGCAGCCAAGGAACAAGGGGCAGCUGGAGCCAUUCGUCCCCUUGUUUCCACCGUGAUAGCCACAACAUCGGAGGGUUACCUGGAUCAUUCUUUGGAGCGAGCCAAGUACAGAGCCAGUGAGAUGCCUCAGGGCUUUACAUACGACGUCAUCUAUCAGGCGUACCACAGGUGCACGGAGUCGGACCUUGAGUUUGGUACCGAGUGUCUCCAUCUGGCUUUGCAGUACUGUGGCAUCAACGCAAAGCUUAUUGAGGGCCCGCCAACGCUGUGGAAGGUGACCUACAAACGGGAUUUGGCUGCAGCAGAGUCUAUUAUCAAAGAGUCACUGGCCCAGUCCGCAUGCCUUCUCACCGGAGGACUGGCACCUGUUACGGCACUGGCUGAUGUCCUCCGAAAGGCUUUUGUCGCUCUGCACAUGGAGCUGGAUGUGGUCCCAGAUCUGCUGGGAGACAACGCCAGGUGUCUGUUGAAAGAGUGGAACUUCAUCCAGGUUUCUGUCACGUCUUCUUGCCUGUCUCAAGUGGAAGCUGUACUCAAGGCUUUGGAGGCAGCAAAUCGAGCUCUUCUCCACCCACCGGUUGUCAUUUGGGUACGUCUGAGCAGUGCACACGAGCACAUGGUCAACAGGACAGAGUUUGCUGCAAUCAUGGACCUGGCCUCUGCAGCCAAGCUCCAAAAUAUUCUCCUCUAUGGAAUCCAGCUUCAUCGGUCCGAGGACACAGAGCAGUGGGAGAGGUCGGUGUCGAGGGUGGCUGAGAUGGCAUCGGCCUUGAUUCAGAACCGAAACCCCGUCUUGGUGGGGCAGCUUCUACAGGCGUGAGGAGGGGCAGCGUCAACAUGAGGUCCUGAAGUUCUGACUGAGAGCUGCUGGACCGAGGCUCAUUUGAUCUACAUGUGAAGUGACCUCAGCGUGCAUCAACAUGAUGGACGCAAACGCCAGCAGAGCAUGAGGUACUCUGACUUUCACCUGCACCUCCUGCGAU